AUGGUCAACUCUACAAUGAUCACCAACAAUAGCUUGGUUGGCUGUGCAGCCCUUCUCCGCGCCAAAGGCAAACUGCACGACUAUGUCAUCCUUAGUAUGAAGGAAGCCGAGCAAGCGGUCAAGCUUGCAACCAAUGGAUCACAGCUCUGCAUCAACGCCGAGGGCCUUGCUCGAACUACUCGCCUUGUCGGCUUUCAUCAAGCCCCCGAUACUGUCAUUACCGGCAUCAUGACGGCCUUUGACGCCACCAACCGUCUCCUGUCGCUCUCCUACUGCGACGGGGCCUUUGUUCACACCAAACGCGUCCACUUGGAUGAGGUGCUGGAUAUAAAUCCUCGACUGCGUUACCACCCGCUCUGCAUCGAGCUGCAACACGAGGGUGAUCGUGUUCGGCUGCCCAAAUCCCACGAUCCGCACAUGCCCCUCUUUGCCACCGAGCAGGAGCUUGCCCUCUACUAUACUCGUCAGCCCUUGCAGCUGCGCUGCUGGGAGCGAGAAGGUGAUGUCGCACCUGUGCGCCUUCGCAACUCCCUCAACAAGGUCAAGCUUUCAGCCGAUGAACUUAACAAAUCCUUUGUGCGCCAAGUGGAGCAGUCGCUGCCCUUGAAUGUUUCGGCAGCACUCGUGGAUGCCCUGAUGGCACAGCACUGGUGUCAGGCAGGCGAUUUUCUCAUUCGUCGUGUUCAACCCGACGAGGAGGCCGCGGCCAAUGCCCUCUACAGCGUGUGUCUAAUGGCUGCUAUUCGCGUGCAUCACGCACACAUUUAUGUCAAUGAUGAGGGCCUUUACUGGUUCAAACAAGACCCAGACGCCAUGUAUCCGACGUUGUGUGAGCUCAUUGAUCACAUCAUCAUCCACGAGCGCUUUGAAGGCAUCCCGCUGCGGCGUAUUGUGCAUCCCAGCGCAGAGAGCCUGAGCCUGGCGCAAGAACGGGUUGAAGACGUCUGUGGGCCUUCAGAGACACCGGCGCAGUUUGAUAGGCUGAUGGGCAGCGAUCUCAAACGUUCGCGCCCGGACAACUACCUUGAGGCAUCGCGGCCCUCUAACGGGAGCAACGGUACCGGCACGGGCUCACCCCAGUCGCUGACCGUACCCAUUGCCAGCAUGACAGUCCAUGGUGGUGAUUGGGGGCCGUCGUCAGAUUUUGACGAGGACACCGUGUAUUCGGCUGAUGUUCGCAACAUUGCCUUUAUCACGGAGGCCUCAAAGUCUCAAUUUACGGAUGACGAAAACGAGCAAGCUGCGCAGGGGCAUCCGGUCCUGCAACUCGGGUUGGGCGGUGAGGUGGUCCACACUGUCAAGCGGCCCACAGGUCGGCGCAAUGAGUCAGCCAAUGCCUUUAUGCGCCGCUACCUUCCCAUGGGCCUGGGCGUGCAGAUUGACGAUGAGCAAGCAAGCGACGUUCCGCAAGCCGACUUGCUGACUGUUUGGGGCCGCAGCAAGACGGGUACCUUUAUGCGUUCGCGCAAUGCCUCGGCCCCGCCCCGUGACAAUCCCGUUUCGGGUUUUGUCAUUCCCGAGCACCAGGUGCCACCUCCCCGUGCCCGCCCCUUCUCCUGGUCAGGCUUGCUGAAGAACUCUGCGCAGAGCGAGAUUGAUGAUGUCUUUGACUGA